CUCGGGCAAGCUGUCACUUUCGUGUCUGGUUGAAGCCUGAGGGCGCGGAAGCGUUCGUGGCAAGGAAACUCCAGGCGCUGGGCAUCGUCAUGGCCCCUGUGCUAAGCAAGGACGUGGCGGAUAUCGAGAGUAUCCUGGCUUUAAAUCCUCGAACACAGUCUCAUGCAACUCUGCGUUCCACUUUGGCCAAGAAAUUAGACAAGAAACAUUGGAAAAGAAAUCCUGAUAAGAACUGCUUUAAUUGCGAGAAGCUGGAGAAUAAUUUUGAUGACAUCAAGCACACGACUCUUGGUGAGCGAGGAGCUCUCCGAGAAGCAAUGAGAUGCCUGAAAUGUGCAGAUGCCCCCUGUCAGAAGAGCUGUCCAACAAAUCUAGAUAUCAAAUCUUUCAUCACAAGUAUCUCAAACAAGAACUAUUAUGGAGCUGCUAGGAUGAUUUUUUCUGACAACCCACUUGGUCUGACCUGUGGAAUGGUAUGCCCCACCUCUGAUCUUUGUGUAGGUGGAUGUAAUUUGUAUGCCACUGAAGAGGGACCAAUUAAUAUUGGUGGAUUGCAGCAAUAUGCUACUGAGGUGUUCAAAGCAAUGAAUAUCCCACAAAUCAGAAAUCCUUCUCUGCCUCCCCCAGAAAAAAUGCCUGAAGCCUAUUCUGCAAAGAUUGCUCUUUUGGGUGCCGGGCCUGCAAGUAUAAGCUGUGCUUCCUUCUUGGCUCGAUUAGGCUACAGUGACAUCACUAUAUUUGAAAAACAAGAAUAUGUUGGUGGUUUAAGUACUUCUGAAAUCCCUCAGUUCCGGCUACCCUAUGAUGUAGUAAAUUUUGAGAUUGAGCUUAUGAAGGACCUUGGUGUAAAGAUAAUUUGUGGUAAAAGCCUUUCAGUGAAUGACAUUACUCUUAGUACUUUGAAAGAAGAUGGGUACAAAGCUGCUUUCAUUGGGAUAGUGGCUGAUUUAUAUGAUACAAUGGAAUAUUAUUCAGCCAUUGCCAGUAAUAGGAUUUUGAAAGGUUUGCCAGAACCCAAAAAGGAUCACAUCUUCCAAGGCCUGACCCAGGACCAGGGGUUUUACACUUCCAAAGACUUUCUGCCUCUUGUAGCCAAAAGCAGUAAAGCAGGAAUGUGCGCCUGUCACUCUCCAUUGCUGUCGAUACGGGGAGCCGUGAUUGUGCUCGGAGCUGGAGACACAGCUUUCGACUGUGCAACAUCCGCUUUACGUUGUGGAGCCCGCCGAGUGUUCAUCGUCUUCAGAAAAGGCUUUGUUAAUAUAAGAGCCGUCCCUGAGGAGAUGGAGCUUGCUAGAGAAGAAAAAUGUGAAUUUUUGCCUUUCUUGUCUCCACGGAAGGUUAUAGUAAAAGGUGGGAGAAUUGUUGCUGUGCAAUUUAUUCGGACAGAGCAAGAUGAAACUGGAAAAUGGAAUGAAGAUGAAGAUCAGAUAGUCUGUCUGAAAGCCGAUGUGGUCAUCAGUGCCUUUGGCUCAGUUCUGAGUGAUCCUAAAGUGAAAGAAGCCUUGAGCCCUAUAAAAUUUAACAGAUGGGAUCUCCCAGAAGUAGAUCCAGAAACUAUGCAAACCAGUGAACCAUGGGUGUUUGCAGGUGGUGAUGUUGUUGGUAUAGCCAACACUACAGUGGAAUCCGUGAAUGAUGGAAAGCAAGCCUCUUGGUACAUUCACAGAUAUAUACAGUCACAGUAUGGAGCUUCAGUUUCUGCUAAGCCCGAACUCCCCCUCUUUUAUACUCCCAUUGAUCUGGUGGACAUUAGUGUGGAAAUGGCUGGGUUGAAGUUUACAAAUCCUUUUGGUCUUGCCAGUGCAACUCCAACUACCAGUUCAUCAAUGAUUCGAAGAGCUUUUGAAGCUGGAUGGGCCUUUGCUCUGACCAAAACUUUCUCUCUUGAUAAGGAUAUAGUGACAAAUGUUUCACCCAGAAUCAUCCGGGGGACCACCUCUGGCCCCAUGUAUGGCCCUGGACAAAGCUCUUUCCUGAAUAUUGAGCUCAUCAGUGAAAAAACGGCCGCAUAUUGGUGUCAAAGUGUCACUGAACUAAAAGCCGACUUUCCAGACAAUAUUGUGAUUGCUAGCAUCAUGUGCAGUUACAACAGAAAUGACUGGAUGGAACUCUCCAGAAAGGCUGAGGCUUCUGGAGCAGAUGCCCUGGAAUUAAAUUUAUCGUGUCCACAUGGAAUGGGAGAAAGAGGAAUGGGCCUGGCUUGUGGGCAGGUAAGGACCUCAACAGCUGCCGUUAUAUAUGUCUGUGACAGAACAGGCUCCUGUAUGGACAGUUACUCUACCUUAGGCAGGAAGAUGGGAGGAUCAGAUGACUGGCUUGAGACUUCCAGGUCUGCAUUGUUUAAAUAUUUAGUGCUUAAAAAGUAGAAAAUUAGAGAAGCUGAAAUUACAGCAACUGUUUAGUUUUUAUUGAGGAAAAUAUCACAUUAUGUGCUUGACAGGAGGUAAUAUCAUAACAAAUCGUUUUUAAAAGCGCUGAGGCAGAAUUAGCUGAUUUCAAAUGCAGUGUUCUUUAUUCAUUCCUGAUGCUGAUCCACUUUCCCUGGAGCAAUAUACUGUACAAAAUGCAUUGUUCGUAGUGAUUUUGUAGUAAAUGGGGCACAGCACAAAUUGCAUUUUACAUUUUUUAGCAUAUGAUCAUUAUUCUCUAACUGUGUUUUGGGAGUUGCAAAAAGACUUUGAUGAUAUUUUUAUUUUUUGAUACAAUAAAUGGAAACUUCAUGCUAAAAC